AUGGUGGGUGUGGAAAGGGUGGAUCACGCACGGGCGGGGCAGUGGAGGAGUGGAGGUGCGGGUGCCCGGGCCCAGGGGCUCCUCAGUGGAUUGGCUGGUGCCCUGCCAGAUGGGUGCGGUCGGGGGCUGCUGCAGAACAGCUCCAUCUCGUCCAAGAUUCCUCCUCCGCAGCCGACUCCGAUUCCGAACCGUCUCCCUUCCAACAUCCCCCUCCGCACGCUCCCCGCACACGCUGCUGCCCAAGACGAUCCGUCGACCCAUUCGCACGCCAACCGGAACCAAGCCACUUCCUCCUUCCUUGCUCCACGCCCUGCUGAGCACUCGCGAUACUCGGACGACGAAGACGAAGACUACAACGUCUACGGCUCCUCCGAGUCCUCGUGGGUCGACACCGGUGACAUCGCCGAGCAGCUCGAUCACGAGGAUCCUUUGCGCCAGAGACUGUACGAUACCCUAGAGGACGAAACCCACGCUAGCGUUGUCUAUCGCCAUCCGAAACGUCAUCGUCACGGCGGCAAGCACGUCCACUAUCGCGAGUCUCUUUCCCGCUCCAGCACUCACUCCUCCAGGUCGUCUGGUCAAGCUGGAGCCGUUAAUAAGGAAGCAAUUCGCAUUCCCGACGCCGCCCCCCGAACUGUCUCGCGGGCCGAGCGCCUUAUUGCCGGUAUCAUGGCGGGAACACGGAACCCCAUUCAUGGCCUUACUGGCAAACCCCUAAUCUACUUCACUUCCAUCUUUGUGUCAUUAGGUGUCUUUCUUUUUGGAUAUGAUCAGGGUGUCAUGUCCGGCAUCAUUACUGGUCCCUACUUCAAGGACUAUUUCAACCAACCAACAAGCGCGCAGAUAGGCACUAUGGUGGCCAUCCUAGAAAUAGGUGCGCUCAUCUCCUCGCUCAUGGUCGGUAGAAUCGGUGAUAUUAUUGGUCGUCGCAAGACCAUUCUCUAUGGGUCAUGCAUCUUUUUUGUUGGCGGUGCUCUACAGACCAUUGCAACCGAUAUGGCCAUGAUGAUGACUGGACGCAUCAUUGCUGGCUUGGGCGUCGGCAUGCUCUCUACCAUCGUUCCGGUCUACCAGUCCGAGAUCUCGCCUCCUCAUAACAGAGGAAAGCUUGCUUGCAUUGAGUUCUCGGGUAACAUCAUCGGUUACACAACCUCGGUCUGGGUGGACUACUUUUGUGGCUUCAUUGAGGGUAACCUAUCGUGGCGCCUCCCGCUUCUCAUGCAGUGUGUCAUGGGCGCUUUACUGGGACUGGGAAGUCUGAUCAUUGUGGAAUCGCCCAGAUGGCUUCUGGACAAUGACCAUGACGAGGAGGGCAUUGUCGUGAUUGCCAGCCUGUACGGCGGUGGCGACAUCCACAACCCUCGCGCAAGGGACGAGUUCAGAGAAAUCAAGAUGGACGUACUUCUGGCGCGCCAGGAGGGCGAAAGAACAUACAGUGAAAUGUUCAAGCGAUACAGCCGUCGCGUCUUUAUCGCCAUGUCGGCCCAAGCACUAGCGCAACUCAACGGCAUCAACGUCAUCUCAUACUACGCACCCCUUGUGUUCGAGUCUGCCGGCUGGGUGGGCCACGACGCCGUGUUGAUGACUGGCUUCAACGGCAUCACCUACUUCCUGUCAACGAUCCCUCCAUGGUACAUCGUGGACCGCUGGGGUCGCCGCCCUAUCCUCCUGACGGGUGCCGUAGCCAUGGUGCUCUCCUUGUCCGCCAUCUCGUACUUCCUGUACCUCGACACUCCUUGGACGCCGUCCGUAGUUGUAGGUAUGGUCAUGGUCUACAACGCGGCCUUCGGGUACUCAUGGGGCCCUAUUCCCUGGCUAUACCCGCCGGAGAUCUUGCCCCUGAAGAUUCGCUCCAAGGGUGCCAGUCUUUCGACAGCGACGAACUGGGCGUUCAACUUCUUGGUUGGAGAGAUGACGCCCAUCUUGCAGGAGCUGAUUCACUGGAGGCUGUACCUGAUCCAUGCCUUCUUCUGCGCUGUUAGUUUUGUUAUUGUAUACUUCCUGUACCCCGAAACUUGCGGUGUUAGGCUCGAGGACAUGGAUGCCCUCUUUGGUGAUGCCACCAACGCACUUGGCACACCUGCCGCCAGCACUCCGUCACUUCAUGCCGAAAUUGAUGCUCUUGUUGCGCCGGGCUCGCCCGUGCCACGGCUAGAUAUCCGGGGCCGACCGCUCGCCAGUGCGGCUAUUCCCGGCCUACCGAUCGAUCCUCCGGAUGAGGUUGAGAUUACAAACAAGCGCUCUUCGGGCCAAAACCGGGGCGGGCUUGGCGGCUGGUUGUCGAGGUUGGUGGGACGGGGAGGAGGGGGAAGCCCCGAGGGGUCUGGUAGUGGUAACUAUGCGCCACUUCGGCAGGGCGAUGACUAA